AAACAACAUUAGGUACACAAAAUCAUACAGUGCAGCCGCAACACCAACACCAAAAAAACCAAAAAACAAACGUUGAUGAGAUGAAAGACUGAAAUAACAUAAAAGAACAACAACAGUAAACAUGGAUGACACGAAGAAGAACAUAUUCGGCGACGAUUCCGACAACGAAAAAGAUGGGACCCACUCUUCUUCCCCUUCUUCUUCCUCCUCCGCCGCUUCAUCUUCCUCUUCUUCAUCUUCUUCCGCUUCUUCCUCCAAUAACACAAAAGGUUCCGCCGAUUCAUCUUCCGCUACCGGAACUGCCACCAGCGGCGGUGGUGCCGGUGAUGAUGAAGAAAACGGUGAUGUUGUUGAUAGUAGUAAUAAGGCUGAUUAUCAUCAUUAUAAUGAUGAUGAUGAUGAUCAUCAAUAUGGAGAUCUAUUUGCUUCUGAUAAUGAAGAUUACUCCAAAACCCUCGCUAAAAGUUCUCACCCUAUUCCUGUAUUGCCUGCCGUCGUCCGCAAUAAUAAUACGAACAGCUCGGGAAGAGGGGGUUUUGGCCGUGGUGGUCGUUGGCAGCAAGGGCAUCAUAAUGAUAGAGGAGGAGCUGGCAUUCUUCCGCGUCCUGGACCUUAUCCUCAGAGGCAGAAUUUCGGGUAUGGUAAUAGGUUUCAGAAUGGUCGCCACGACGAGCGAUUUGUCUCUGAGAUGAAGCUCUCGAAGAGUGAAGAAACCCUGUCAAGAAAAGGCAUUAUUUUUCAGGAGCCUUGUGAACUUGCUUGCUAUAGUCGUGUAGAAGGUGGGGAAGUAUAUUUUGAUGACCGUAGCUUGAGACUUUUUAAACGCCAUAUCACGGAAGAUAUUGGAGCUGAUUUGAACGAAGGUUAUGAUACAUACAUUCCCAAAAAAGACUUAGGUUCCGAGGGCUUUGGCGAUCUUCUUGCUUGCAUUAGAGAUAAAAAUCUCCUGGUUCAAAACAACAUUCAUUUUGUGACAUACCGCAACAAUCUUAACAAGAUACUGGCUACAGCUUAUAUUCGCCAUGAGCCUUGGGAAAUGGGAGUACACAAAAGGAAUGGUGUUGUCUAUCUUGAUGUGCACAAGUUACCAGAAAGACCACAAAGUGAUUUAGAUCGUAGAAGAUGUUAUCUGGGAUACGCUUUCGAGAGCCUUGCCACUGAAGAUCCUAGAAGAGCUGAUGGAGAGGGGGUACAUCAUGUUGAUGCCAAUGUUGAAUUUUGUUCGGUGAUUAAGACAAAAUUGGGAGCUCACCGUAUCUUGAUGGGUGCUGAGAUGGAUUGCUGUGAUACCACUAAUGAAGGAAAGAGAUUUUAUGUGGAGUUAAAGACAAGUUAUGAGUUGAAUUAUCAUAAUGAGGAAAAAUUCGAGAGAGAGAAACUGCUAAAGUUUUGGAUUCAGUCAUUCCUGGCAGGUGUUCCAUAUAUUUGUAUAGGAUUUAGGGAUGACGCAGGUCGUCUUGUUCGGACAGAAAUGCUUAGAACCAAAGAUAUUACACAGAGAAUAAAAAUGAAAGGCUAUUGGCAGGGUGGAGUCUGCCUUGCGUUUGCGGAUGAGGUAUUCUGCUGGCUUUAUGGAACAGUCAAAGAAAAUCAAGAUUACAUAUUGCAGUUCGCUCCACCUUUCAACCGUUUGGAGCUUCUGCAAGCUCAGUCUUGCCCAGAUGUAAUAACAAGUCAUUUGGAGCUGUUGUGAAAAAUCAGGAAUAUUAACAGUUAUUUAAACAAUUCAAUAUAGGAAGCAAGGGAUUAACUCUUAAUUUUACCCCGAACCUUCAAUCAGUUCAUGAACUUUUGAUAUAGGGGUAGCCUAUGUGAGUGCUGAGAAUUGCAUCCACAUUUUAUUAGAAAUCUGGAGUUUUACUGUGGCAUUGUUUAGUUGGAAAUUGGAAUAUAGUUUUCUGUUGACUGUUUUGAA